AAGGUAGACGAGGAUCCUCCAUUGGAUCAACUCAUGAGGCUCCUUCAGCAUGGUGGGAAAGAAGUUCCAAAUGGCGAAAGUGUGGUUUAUUGGAUGAGGAUGGAAGAUGUGAGAAUCGACGACAACACCGCAUUGUACAAGGCCAGUCAAAAGGCUCAACAACUUCACCUUCCACUCGUCGUCCUCAACAUCCUCUCUCCGGGCGAAUGGAAAAUACACGACCGCAGUUCGAAGAAAAUCGAUUUCCUUCUCAGAAACCUCAGAGAUCUCAAGCCCAAAUUCGAUGCGCUCAAUAUCCCUCUCUAUAUGACUUCUUUUGAUCGUCGACUGCAAAUACCUCGUAGGGUGAUCACCGACUUGAUGCCCCUUUUCAAAUCCCAUCAUUUGUUUGUGAACCUGGAAUAUGAAGUCGACGAACUUAGACGAGAUAUAGCCACUGUCAAGUUCGGUCAGGAGAAGGGCGUCAAAGUGGAGUGUUUUCAUGAUCGGUUGGUGGUACCGCCUGGUAGGAUCACUAGUCAAGCUGGAAAGCCCAUGUCUGUCUUCAGUCCUUGGCAACGUCAAUGGGCAAAGUUGCUGGAAAAAGAACCGAAUCUGUUAGAGGUGUCACCCCUUCCGCAAGGAAAUGACCCUUCUGUCCGUCAAGGCCCCCUCAAAGAUUUGUUUGACGCGACUUCGGUUCCGGAGGAUAUCAAAGACUUUGUUCCGGAAGAUAAGCACCUUUUGAAAGAGUGCUGGCCUGAAGGUACCGAUGCGGCGAGACAGCUCUUAGACAGGUUUCUCCACACCAAAGCUAGGAAGAAGCAGUUUCAGCUAGUCUCACCGCUCACAGAAGGGGCGGAGGAAGAUGACAAACAUUCUAGGGUCAGGGAGUAUCAAGACGGUCGGAACCUUGUCGACGGGGAUAACUCGUCCAGGCUCAGUCCUUACCUCGCUUUGGGAGUCAUCAGCGGGAGAAUGGUUUUGAACGAAGCUGCAAAAUUGGGCAAGGGGAAACGAUUGGAGAGUGGACGGGAUACCGGAGUUGGCAUGUGGGUUCAAGAAGUUUCAUGGAGAGAUUUUUACAACCAUGUCAUGGCCAGAUGCCCAAGAGUCAGUAUGGGACGACCUUUCCUGGAAAAGUUUGCCGACGUACAAUGGGAGAUCAACGAAGAAAAUCUUCAGGCAUGGAAAGACGGCAAAACUGGAUAUCCAAUAGUGGACGCGGCGAUGAGAGCGUGCAAGGCAAGAGGAUGGAUGGAGAAUCGUGUCAGAAUGGUUUCUGCUUGUUUCUUGGUCAAAUCUUUAUUACUAGAUUGGCGAUUGGGGGAGAAAUACUUUAUGGAAUCUUUUAUCGAUGGUGAUCUCGCCGCUAAUAAUGGAGGAUGGCAAUGGACUGCAAGUACAGGUACGGAUCCCCAACCGUAUUUUCGAAUCUUCAAUACUUUAACCCAAUCACAGAAAUGUGAUCCUAAUGGUGAUUAUAUCCGAUAUUGGGUCCCAGAACUUAAAAACCUUAAAGGUAAAGCGGUUCACGAUCCAUUUCAUUCCAUGCCGAGAAACGAAUUCAACAAAUUGGGAUAUCCAAUUCCGAUAGUGGAUCAUAAACAAAGUAGAGAAAGGGCUCUUUUCCGAUACAAAAAUGUUGGACAGAAGGAAGAGUGA